AUGAAUGAAAUUUAAAAUGAAAAUGAGCAAAUGGCUUCUUAUCAUGAAGGUUAAAAUUCAUAUGAAAGCAAAUUGCUUUAAAUAUUUGAUUAAUUUAAUCAGAAAACAUAAUAAUUUACAAAUCUCCACGAAUUCUUGAUACAUUAUUUAGGAUAAUUUUCUUAAGAAGCUGAAUAUUAGGAUCAAUCUUUAAAAUAAGUAAAUAUCAAAUAAUUAUUUCCUAAUCGUCUAUGGGAAUUUGAUUUAUCAAGUAAAUUUAUAAAUUAAGAUAGAAAAUUUUAUUUGUAAAAUCAUGUCUUACAAUUUUAUUUAAAUACUUCGAAUAAUGAUGUACUUAUUAGAAGGUAGAUUUAAUUAAGAAAAUAAAGAAUCAUUAAAGAUAUUAAAUUUAAAUUGUGGCAGUUUGAAAUUGCCUUUUUAAUUUGCUUUUAUUGCAAAUUUAUAUUCAGAAUAAUCUUUAUCAAUAAUUAUUUUAAUUUUGCCAUAAAAAUAAUAUAUAACGAAUUCUUAAGGUGAAUUAGAAGAGAUUAAAUUUAUUCAUAAAAUGACUUUUAUUGAUAUAAUUUAUGAUGAUUAUGGAAAUGAUGAUCAUAAAAUAAAUAUAUGUUAAUAAAUAUUAGAUGAAUAUCUUCAUAAAUAUUUAAAAACAAAUAAUAUAUUUUAGAGUAUUAAAUUGAUCAAAGAAAAACAACAGAAUAAUCAAACAACUAAAAUAAGAAUAGGAAUUAAAACAAAAAAUAAAAAUCUAUUAAUAUAGCCAAGAUUAUUUGAAACAAUAAAAACAAAUGUUGAUGAUUAUAUUUUUGAUAAUCAAUCAAAAACUUGGAUAACUAGGAAAUUAUAUGAAUUAAUUUAGAAAAAAAUAAUAAAAAUUAAUAUUUAAACUGAAAAUUAUUAUUUGAUAAAAGAAUACAUUUGUUUACCUUCAGCUUUAUAAAUAAAUAAAUUAAUAUAAAAAUUACCAAAAUUUAAGAAUUAAAUAACACAGUAAUAAUUAUAAGCAAUUGUUUGGAAAGGCAUUACAUUUAUAUUAGGAAGAAGUGGAACAGGUAAAACAACUUGUGCUUUAUUUAAAUUAUUUAUUUUAGAUGCUUUAUUUAAUUUAAGAUAGUAAUUAAAACUUUAAAAUUAUAAUAUUAAAUCUUAAAUCUUAUAAGAAAGUGAAAGUUAAUCUAAUGAUAGACUAAUAUUAAAAACACUUUUUGUAACAGCUAGUCCUCUAUUGGCUUGGUAAAUAAAAUAAAACUAUUUACAAUUAACCGAAAACUUUUAAGAAUUGAUAAAAGAAAAAUUUUAAAAAAAGUCAGAAUCAAAUGAUAUAGAAGAAGAAAGCUUUUAUGAAAUUAUUAAUGAACUUCAAGAAUCAUAAAUUAAAGAGAAUAUUUUAGAUUCAGAUGAAGAUGAUAUAGAUAACUAUGAAAAAAUGAUGGGUAAAUUUUAAAAGUUGAGUGAUAUAAUAGAAUAUCCAGCAUUUUUAACUUUAAGGAAAGUUAUUUUCUCUAUUGAUGCAUCUCUAAUUAAUCCUUAUUUUAAAUUUUCUUAAAAAUAGCAUUGUUCUGCUUAAUGGCAUAAUGAAUAAAUAGGAAUAGUUUCAUUAAAUUAAUAAAGUUAACAAAAUAAUGAAAAAUUAUAAAAGAAAAUUAAAGAUUAUGAUGAUUAGGAAUUUAUAGUUUAUAAUAAUACAUAAGAAGUAACUUUUGAUUUAUUUUUAAAUUGGUUAUGGCCAAAAAUAAUUAAAAAAUUAGUUCAUUAAAAUUAAAAAAUAAAGUAAUUAGAUCCAGCUUUAGUUUGGUAUGAAAUUAUGUCAAAAAUUAAAGGACAUGCUACUUCUUAUGAAUAUCCAAAUAAAUAUAUGAAUUAUGAUAAUUAUUCAUAUUAUCAUAAAGUAUUAUCAGAUGAUUAUACAAAAAUUUUAUAUAAGGCUUUUGAACAUUAUGAAUAAAUUAAAUAAAAUUUAGGAUAUUAUGAUAUAUUAGACAUUGUUAAUCAUAUAAAUUAUGAAUUAAGAUAUGGACAUGAUGUACUAGAAAAAGUACAUUAUUUAAUUUUGGAUGAACUUUAAGAUAUUCCAAAUGCAAUUUUCAUAUUAUUAAAUUAAAUUGCAGAUUUUGGUUUAAUAUGUUGUGGAGAUAAUGCUUAAAAUAUUUAAAAAGGUACUGGAUAAUAGUUUAUAGAAUUUAGAAAUCUUUUAAAUGAUUCUAAUUUAUAAAAUAAAUAUAGAAAUAAUCAUAUAUCCACAUUUAAAUUAUCUUAAAAUUUUAGAUUUCAUGAUUAAAUCUUGUAAAUAACAAAUUCUAUUAUAAGAAUGAUAGAAUUAUUAUUUCCUUAUUAGAUUGAUGUAUUUGAUAAAGAAGAAAGAUCUUAUCUAUAAGGUCCAAAACCAAUUAUAAUUUAAAGUGAAGAUAUAUAAAUGUUAUUGAACUAUUUAAAAAAGAAUUUCAAAGUUGAAUCAAAUAAUAUUUUAUUUGGAAGUAAUUAAGUAAUUAUUGUCAGGGAUUAAGAAUCUAAAUUAAAAAUACCAAAUUCACUUUAAUAAACUUUGAUUCUAACAAUUUAUGAAGCAAAAGGAUUAGAAUUUGAUGAUGUUAUUUUAUUUAAUUUUUUUACUGAUAGUGAUUGUACUUCUGAUGAUUGGAAUGUAUUAAAAAACUUUUAAAUUAAAGAUGUUUUUUAUAAAAUGAAAUAAAAUUCCAGUUAAUUUUUGUAACAUGAAUUUUAUGAAACUAUUGAAAUGAAAAAACUAUUUUUAAUAUAGAAUACUUAAUAAUAAAAUUUAUCAGAUACUAUUAAUAAAUUUGUAAAUAAUUAAACACUUUGUUAAGAGCUAAAAUUGUUAUAUGUUUCUUUAACAAGAGCAAAAAGAUAAAUAAUUAUUUAUGAUGAUAAUUAUAUAAAGAGAAAAACAAUUUAAAAAUUAUGGGAGGAUUUAAAAUUAAUCUAAAUUAUUUAUACAUAAUAAAAUGAAAAUGUAGAAGAAUUUGAAAUUCUUUUUAAUUAAUAAUUUGAUAAUAAAAAUAAUUGGAAAAAUUAAGGAUUAAACUUUUUUAGAGUAAAUAAUUAUGAAUAAGCCAAAAAAUGCUUUAAAUUUGCUAAAGAUUAUUAAUUAGAAAAAAAAGCAUAAGCUUAUUAAUUAGCUACUUAAGCAACUCUUACAGAAAAUGGAGAAAAUUUAUUUUAUGAAGCAGCCUUAAUAUUUGAAGAAUUGAAUAUUUAGAAUAGGGCAGCAUAAUGUUAUUUUUCAGCAAAGAAGUAUAAAGAUGCUUAUAGAUUAUACAAAUAAUUAAAUUUUAAAAUAGAAUCUGCUGAAGCUGCUUAUUUCUGUAGAGAAUUCGAAGAAGCAGGAUAAUUGUUUCUAGAGGCUAAAGAUUUUAAAAGAUCAAUAGAUUCUUAUAAAUAACAGGGAAAUUAUAAUAAAAUAGUUGAAUUAAUUUUAAAAAAUAAAGAUGAUAUAUCUAAAGAAGAAUAUUAAAUACAUCUAAAUAAAUACUUUCCAAUAAUUUUACAAUAAAUCUAUAAUGAAAUUGAGUUAUAAAAUUAGAUUGCUUUUAAUGAUAUAGAUGAAUAAUCAUAGAGUUUUUCAGUUUGUAAUUCUAAUCUAUCUUAAAGUUGCGAAAAAUUAGAUUUUCAAUUCAAAAACACUCAAUAAAAUAAUUAUGAAAAUUAAUCUAAUUUUUCAGAGUCUUUUUAGGUUAUAAAUGAUUCAUUUGAUCAUUUAUCAAUUUAUGAUCCUGAUGAUGAAUGGAUAUAAAAUGAUAAAAUUUAAUUGAUAUCUUCAAUAAAUUCAAGUGAUACUAGAUAAUUUAAUGAUCAAAAUAAAAUAUUAUUGUUAAAUGAAGUAUAAAGAAUUAAUUUUAGAAAAAAUAAGAAAAAAAAAGUAACUCUUGAUGAUUCAACAUUAAUUUAAAUUAUUUAAUUAUUAAUUUAAAUUUCAGAAGACUUUAAAAUUCAUAUUUAAGAGAAACUUGGAUAAAAAUAAUUAGAUUAUUCAAAUAUUAUUAAAUUAACUUAAAUUGAUACGAUAAAUUUAAUUUUAAAUCUUUUAGAGAAAUUUUAAAAUUAUAAGUUAUGCAUGUAUAUAUGUAAUUAAUAUAACCUUUUGGAUUAAUUAGGAGAAUAUUUAGUAAUUCUAGCCUCUAAAUAUACACCAUUAUAUUAAAAUUCUAUUAUUGUAGAUAUUAAGAUGAUUAGAAAUACAUUAAAGCGAAAACAUCUACUAGAUUAGGCUUCAAUUGCAAAUUAAGCAUUAUUAAAUAUCUUUGAAACUAUAAAUCCUGAAAUUCUUAAUUUUAAAUUAGAAGAUGAUCUUAUACAAAAUAAUAGUUUUACUCUUAAAUUUUACUAAGAUUUAAUUGGACUUGGUUUUUGGAAGCAAAUCAUUUUUACUAUGAAUUAUUAACACUCUAAAGAUUUAUGUCUAUCAUUUAAUAACCAUUAAGAUUUAAUUAUUAUUUUGUAACAUAUGGAAAAGUAAUUAAAUUUAAAUUAAAAAAUAUAAUUAAUUAAAAGUCAAUACUUAUUAUAAGUUGAAUAAUAUUUCAUUUAUAAAAAUAUAAAAAUAAUUUAGAUUGAUUAGAUAUUUGAAAUUACAAACUCGAUAGCUCAAGGUGAUUUAAUUAAUUCCAAAAUAAUCAAUCAAAUAAUACAUCAUGCAAAACUUAAAUAACAAAAUUUAAAUUAUAAAGACUAGUUAAAAUAAUUAGAAUCUAUUAUUUUAAGUUAUUUAUUAUGCUGUGGUUUUAUAUCACCUUAAGAUACAACUUUAGAAUAAAGAAUUCAUUUAAUUAAUAUAUUAUAUUAUUGUAUAAGUUAAAUUACAUGUAUUUCUUGGAAUUAAAAUUUGAUAGAUGCAAUUCAAUUUUUAUUUAAGUUUUCAUUUCCAUAAGGAGAAAUUAUGAACAAUUAUUCAUAGUAUGUUUUACUUAAUGUCUAAUCCAAAUUGUAAAUAAGUUUUAAAAAUGAAAAUGUUUAUUUUGCAGAUUCAAAUUUUGAAUAUCUUUUAAUACCUUUUGAAUUAUUAUUAAAAUAGAUAUCUCACUAUUUUGGCAGAACUAACAUUUAAGAACUUAAAAUUUUUGAAUUUCAGUAAGAUCUUCAAUAUAAUUUUUAAACUCCUUUAACAUUCAUAAUAAAAUCAAUAAAACAUCAAUAAUUAUAAAGUUUAUUUUAACCAUAUAUUUAAUAUAGUAUGAACCAAUAAAAUAAGAAUAAAAAAUAAAAAGAUUUCUUAAACUAAGAUGAAUAUUCUAUACUUUAAGUAAUUAAUUAAAAUGAAAUUAGAUUAUAUUAUGAAUAUUUUUUAAAAACAAAUUAGAGAGUAUCUAAUUUAUCAUUAUUAACUUCAUAAUCUUUAAUUGAUUAAAUUGUGGUUUUGUUUUAGUUAGCUUUUAAAUGUAUGAGUUAGGAUUAACAUGCAUAUCUAAUAUUAGCAAUUAAUCUUUGUAAUUGUUCAAAUAAUCUUCCAUUAGCAAUUUAUUCUAUAAAAUCAAUAGAUAAUAAGUUAGAAACUGAAAAAUAUUUAAAAUAUAUAGAAUUUUUAGAAUGUUAAAAUUAUAACAUAACUGAAGACAUGGUUGAAUGUUUUUUGGAUUAUUGUUAUUAUUGCAAGUAAAAUUUAUAUUUAGAUGAAUGGAAUGAUCACUUAAUACGGAUUGGACUUUAGUUAAUAUUAGCAUAAGAUUUUAUAUCAUUAAUUGUUAUUCCUGAUUAUUACUUAGAUUAUUUAAACUAGGAUGUUUAAUAUGAAAAUAGUGUUAUAUAAAAUACUUAAUUUCCACUUAAGAAUUAUGAUAUCUUGAUAGAGUAUUGUAAUAACUUAUAUAAUUAUAUGUAAUCGUGUAUUUCACCUUUUUAUGAAUAAAAUGGAUAUUUGUUAUUAAUAAUUAUAAUAUUAAAUUUAUAAGUUAUUUCAUAGGAAUUGUAAACUAUAAUUCAAACUAUUUUAGCUUCAUAAAAUGUCGAAUCCUAAAUGAAAGAUAUUAUAUAAAUUUUAAAUUAAAGUGUCGAAAUUAGAAGAAAAAAAUUAAUUUAAGAAUCACAUUUAUUAAUAAUUCCUGAUUAUUUAGAAGAGUAAUUAAUCUAAUUAGAAGUUAUCUAAAAAUAAUAGAAUAAUAAUUAAAAUAUAAUACUAUAUCAAGAAUGUUUAGAUAAUUGGAAUUUACAUCUUUCAUUAGCUGAUAAAAUGAGAAUUAAUGGAUUAAAGAUUCUAAAAUUUUAUAUUAAAUAAAGAAAAUUAAUUAAAAAGAAUUCUAAGAUAGAACUUAUUAAAAACCCACUUAUUUUACGAUUCAUUUAAUAUUAUUAAUUAAAUUCUUCUGUCUUAGAAUGUAUUAACAAAGAUUCCAAUUGGAAGAGUUAAUUGUCUUAUUCUUAUAAGCUAUAAGAGUAUUUAUUAUUAAAUAUUAUUUAGUGAACUAUUAAAAGCAAGAUAACAUUCUAAAAAAAUGAAAGAUAUAUAAUAAAUUAGAUAUUAUUUAGAAUCAAUAAUCAAAUUACUAAUGUAAUUAAAAAUGGGUCAUUAAAUAUAUGAUUAAUUAAUAAAUAUUGAAAUAGUAUUUAGACAUUAUUAAUAAACUAAAUAAAAUGAAUAAAGAGAAUAGUAAUCAAUGUUAGAAAGGAAUAGAGAAAUGCUGAAAAUCAAAUGGUAAAAUUUAUAAGCUGGAAUAAAAGUUUAAAAUAAAUUAACUAAUAUUUCUCAAAAACAAUGUUUAACAAUUUAAGAAUAAGAUUAGGAAGAAGAGAAUAAUAGAAUAUGA